CCGUUUGAAAAAACUGUUCGAAGUGAAACAAAGACGGUCUACUCAGCUGCCAUGACCCGACAAGAGAAUUAGCUUAGCGUGUACAUCGAAAAAGUUUCAAAAACCCAGUUAUCUGCUUUACUUUGGAUUAACAGCCGACACGGAACCUCAUUUUCUGACGAAGAAGACGGACAGCUGACAUUCAGCAAAUAGCGGCGAGAAUUUGACGCCAACGUGUCCUCGGGUCGGUCUACUACACGCACUGUGAACUCUGCCUCAGCCAACUAGUACAACCUGUUCUUGUUGGAUUUAACCAUGGAUGCCGUCGUUAGUUUUACAAACCAGAGCCAAGGCAGGGACCGUAUAUUCAGGUGAGUUGUUUAAAAUAUUUCCAACCUGGUUAAAGUGUAUUUGGACUUUUGGGUUAAGCGUUGCGCAAAUGCAGAGCGCGCUAAGAGGAGUUAAAAGUGUCUACCUCUCCCUCUCUCUCUUUUUCCGUCAUAUUUCUUUAUUUCAGGACAACCCAAUAUGCAUGUGCACUGUCCACGUAUCUACUUAGAGACAAUCCUGAUAGAAAGGAUCUUGUGGCAAAACUAAAAAGUCUGGAAACGACCAUGAGCGCUGGACGAAAACGUGAGUAUCACAUUUGACUUGUACAUGAAGGCGGGGCCCCUAAGUGACUUGAGUUCAGGUGCUCCUGUAAAGAAGGGUGCUUUGAAGGUUUUUAUGCCACAGUGUUCAUUAUUUCAUAGGAACACAGUGUUGCCCCCUAAAUUAGACGAGAAACUUGAACGUCUUCACCAAUUACCUUUUACCUCUCCACCUUUGCCCCUUCCUCCUGACAGUAAAAUCACAUCAUUGCUGGUAAAAUAUUAGCCUAUAUCUCCUCUCUCCAAGUCCAAGACUCUUCUCUUGUUUCUCUGAAAAGUACCCCAUAUAUUCCUGUUUUAUUUUGAUCCUUUAAUCACUUUGAUCCUGUAAUCACAUAAAAUUAAUUUUACAUUGUCCAUAAUCACUCAUAUCCUAACCCUGUAAACUGAAUUCAUUUUGUUUCACCAUUACAUGAACUCCCCUGUCUCUGUCUUUCACCCUCGUUCUCUACUCUCUCUCCCUCCCUCUCCAUCACUCUCUCUCUCUCUCUCUCUCUCUCUCUCACUCUCUCUCUCUCUCUCUCUCUCUCUGCUCAAGGUUUCUGCCUGUUAAAAGGAAGUUUUCCUUGCCACUGUCGCUCAUGUUACAUGAGUUGAGCCAAAUCCCAUUUAAGGUUGGGUCUCGAUAAUUCAUCAAUGAGCGUGGUCUAGACCUGCUCUUUUUCUUUGGAAAGCGUCUUGGGAUGACGACUGUUGUGAAUUGGCGCUAUAUAAAUAAAAUUUGAUCGGUUGAUUGAUUGAUCCUUCGAUCAGUAUUGCAACAAUAAUCAAAAAGAAGUUGUCUUUGAAUACUGAAUAUUGUUGAGUUUGAUAAACAGAACAAAAAUACAUUAAAAUUACAAAAUGUAAAGCUCAUUUAAUCUUUUCACUACAAGCUCUGAAUUUCGACAGCUUCUCAUAACUGCUGUCUCUAAUAACUGUUCCCAUGUACGCUUCUUUCCUCAUUGUUUGUCCUUUCCUUUGUAAAGUUUCGACUGUGCCAUUUAGUUUUCCUCCUACAUAUUCAACACGUGUUUAAUUGACUUGUGUGCACUAAUGGAAGGAAAUAAAGCAGACCUCCCUCGUUAUUAUUCCAUCCCUUUCUCUCUCUCUCUCUCUCUCUCUCUCUCUCUCUCGCUUCCUCUCUCUGAAUCUGUAAUAUUACUCUAGGCUGCUGCAUAAUAACCUAAAAUCAACUGACGAGAGUUGAAAUAUGGAUUCAUAUCUUUGCCCUCUAAGAAGUCGGUCUCCCUGGUCUUAUACUAUGCAAAGUAAACACAAUAAUAUUUGACCGACAAUGUCAGGAAGAACUUUUGAUCGCCCACGCAUUCAGGCCAAGAAGACAGAGGCUGAGCCACUGCAAAAAAAAAAUCCUUUGUUGUUUGACUUUUUCGUCCUCCCAUCACAAUCAUAAUCAAUAAAUGAAUUAUUCUCUAGAAACCUUUGGCAAAGCUCACCUUUGCUCUAGAAAACAGCAAAUAGUUCAUUAUUCAUUAGAGCAGAAAGCAGCAGAUGAAAGUUAGGUUUGUUUUGGGUAAUUGCUGCUGAGUGUCUUUGAUUUUUGGUGCCUUUACUUGAUAUUGUUUUAUAAAAAGUGUGAGAAAUAUGUUUGAUGUAGUUCUCGGUUGAAACUAUGAAGAAGUUUUACACGUUAACCAUUUGUAUCCAGACAAUCCAAUCAGCCAAAUCUUGAAGUUGUCUGUAUUCCUCAGCCAUGGAGCACUGAAGGCAAAGCUUAUGCUGCCACCAAAUUACGAUCAUCCACAUUGAGUGUAUAUUUUAUCCUGAAAUAUUAUUUCCUAAUCUGUUUUUCCAACAGUCACUACCUCAAUGGUUUCCAAAAGCAAAAUCAAAUAAUUCAUGAGAAAAACCAUUUCGCCAAGAUAUUCUGCAAAGUGGAUGAGUGGUGAAGCAUUUGAAGGAAAUGUCACAAACUACACAUUCAUUAUUGCUGCUGCACACUGUGCCUUACAUAACUUAUCUCCAGCACAUAAAAAACACGCAUAAAUUAGGUCUUUCCAUUAACACAAGGCCGUUUUUGUUAAUGUUCUACAGAAAUGCAUUACAUUAUUACUAUUAGAAAGGCCUAAAAGAGGAAGACAUUUUGGCUCUUUUAUCCCCUCUUUUUUGACAACCAAGCUGAUGGCUUUUAGUCUUUUUGGGUUGUUUCUUUUCCACUGUGAGCCAGAAUAGAUGUUAGGGUACUGACUGCACUGUGAACUGGCUCUAUGGACAUGCUUUAACUGUGGCUGAUGACCCUAACACUGGCCUCAACGGAUCAUAGGUAGAUUUACUUUACAACCCUGAGGGAAAGUUCAAGUUUUUCAACUUUGACACUUGGGAAGAGCCUCAUUUGGCCUGAGCUGUACAUGGAAAUGAUUGAAAGCCCUCAACUGGAGAAGGGUCAGGCUGUGUAGACUACGGCCCUUUUGUUGCUGUUGCAGUGGAGAUGUAUCAGGUCCAAAGUCAGGUUUUGUUGCUGCAUCAUUCAGUGAUCUUACUCUGGAUCAGAGGUGCAGUGUCAAGACCUUCCUGUGUUUUUCACACACUGUUUCACCCAUUGAGAGUUAAGAAAUAUGUAGAUCUUAAAACUUGAAGCAGCUUGUAAGAGAGGAAACUACUUUUUAGUGUGAUUCAUCAGUGAUGCAGUAAACAUGCCUUUUGAAGGUCUUACAAAGCACUGAAUGUAAACACACCGAGCAAAAGGACUGACAUCUUUUUCAGAGGGGAAAAUUAUAGAAAAAAUGACAGUUGCAGACAUUUUAUUGUCUUUUUAAGUGUCAGUGGCAAACUGCGACAAUGAAAUAUUGACCUGACAUUUCAUAUUAGAUUGAUUUAUAGCUCUAAUCCCCUUUUUCUUCCUCCUUUGUCAGUGUUCAGGCUGGGAAACACAAUAAAUUCCAUUGAGGCUGCUAAGCGAACCAUGCAACUCUCUGACCGAGUGCUGUGCCUCUGCCUUACUGCGGCCAACAUGACCCGCGCCCUCUACUUUGUCUGUGACAAUGCACUGUGGGCCAGAAAUGUUGGCCUUAUUCGCAAUAUGGACAAAGAACGCUGGAGCCUAAAUGCCUCUCGCUGCUACUUCAUCUCACUAGUUAUGAAUCUGACCCGAGACGUGUAUGUUAUCCUCCAGCUAAUGUCACAGAAAGCAAGAGAUAGACGCUUUAGACAGAAAAUGGACACACAUCUGAAUGGGAAUCCUGAAGUAGCUGAUGUGGUCGUCCCUCAGCUGGAUGCGUUUCUCUUUCUUCUCCUGGAGAGCCUAAGAUCACAUCCGGCUGUUGCUUUGGAUACGCUGAAGAAUAUAUGUGAUCUCUUCAUUCCCUUAGACAAGCUGGGGAUAUACAAGUCAAACGCAGGAGUGGUUGGAUUCUGUGGACUGAUGUCCUCCGUGAUUGGCAUUGUAACCCUUGCACAGCCCAAGUUGAAGAUCAAACCCUGAUAAUGAGGGCGAAGAUAAACCGUAUAAUAAGAUCAGGUGACAUAUCACAGACAACAUGUUCGGAGACGACUCUGCUUUUCUUACUGAAAACAAAAACUGAAAGGCUGUCAACUUUCUUGAUUGUCUGUAUUUGUUGUCUUUUGGUACAGGUUUUUGAUAUUGUUGAAAUUUACACAGAAAUACUUAACAUUACACAGAAACCAGCGUAGGUCUAAGCACUGAUUUAAACAGGGUGCAUAACAACUUUUUUAAAAUAAUGUUUGUUUGUUUUUUUAAUUUAACAAGCCUGAGCUUUUCCUACAAGCAUUCCUGUCCCACAACACUUAAAACCAGAAUGUACUGUAUGUCAAAAUAAGGGCUCCUGACCUAAGACCUUAAUGUGACUCCACUGUUUUCUCUCUGCUGACUGAUGCUGCUAUAAGUUCUUUUUUAACAUUAUGAAUUAAGUGAUGGAUAAACUGCUCCUCGGCCAAAUAGUGCCUCCGGGGGGAAGAAUUCAGGGAUUAUUACUGCAUCUGUGAUUGAGUUUUAUUUUGUACUGCACAGUGGGAGCCUGUACCUUUACUUUCAGCAGGUAAUACUGUAUGUCAAAUGGAAGAAAAGUGAAAAGAAAUGAUUUUGCAUGACAGAAUCAAGCAAAUCUUGUUCAUACUUGAAGACAUACCUUUGAAAAUAGAUUUAUUGAUAAAUUCUUAAUAUAUUGAGUCUUGUAUUUUGCGUCUCUGUUAUUGUUGUGACACAAACAAACAUGUUUAUGAGAAGAAACUGGAAACCUUUAAAUUCUUCUCGUCCUCGAGUAAAAGCCCUCAAAGCUGCAGGCACACACCUCCUCUUAUCAGGUGUAGUAGGAGGAGCGUGAUGGCCAGUUUUUUCACUGUCACAGUCAAAGUUUUAGAUUAUUAAUAGUUUUAAAGGUAAUUAAAAGGUUUUCCAUAUUCGUAUAGAGCCAAGAGCCAAUAAUGAUAGACUAACUUUGAGUGUGGAUCUGUGGGAAACAGUUGUGAAUCAGUUUAUAAAAGAGCAACACUGCCCUCCUGGGGAAACAGGACACCUUGGUGAAUUGAAAAGAGCUUUAUUUUUCAUAUACUUGGACAACGAUACACUUUUUCUGCUGAAAGCUUUUCUUAAGAGGAUGAUAAUGUGAUAAAGCAUCCACCAUUUAAGAUUGCAAAAAUAUAUUCCGUUUCCCUUUCACUGAACAUUUGAGUUUUGCUGUGGAAAAAAAAAGAUCUAACUAUGCAGAGAUGAAUUCCAAAAACAGGACAUAAACACAUACAAAGCAAUAAAUAAAGAAAUAUAUUGUCCGUAAUCAGUUGCAGUGAUUUGUAAAGUUAGUGUUCGAUUUCACAUUUCAGUUCACACAGUUUUUCCAGUUCCAACUGACUCAUGAAUCACACUCAGUUUUAAUUUGCUGAAAUAGUUUCCAGGAAAAAGUCCUGCCUGUAGUUGCUGUGUCAUGGGUGUGCUGAUAAUCGUGACAUUUUUGAAAUGUCAAAGGUUUUCUAGGUAAAAAAAAAAAAGACUGUCUUGGUGUCAUAUCAUUGUCAAAUUCAUAUGAUAGAAAUUUAAGGCAUCUAAUUAAACUCGGUCUAAAAAAAGAGCAAAGCACUUGGAAGAAUGGCACCAGUGUGAAACUACAGAUUCAAUACUGCUGGCCCAAGUUUAAUGAAUUUCAUAUCAAUAAAUGACAUGCAGAGAUACUCGGCACCUUCAGUAGUUGUCUCCUGAACAAUUAAACAAAAAAGUUAGCACUUUGGAACCCUCUGUUUCUACACAGCCGAUUAGUUCUCAUGAACGGUACUAUUUUCUUCAUUCAGACCUUCAAUGAGGUUGAUAUUUUGCCUCAGGAGCUUUUCCAAGGAUACAGUUUGUGUGGUUUAAUUAUGUCUAAUAGACCAAAUCUACAGCUGUGUCUCAAUACACAGAGAAAUUAUUCUGUAUUUACCUGUUUUGCUCAUUUUUAAACACACUUUUUUUUUCUUUUUGCUCUGAUAUGGCUAAACAUUUAAUCACGCCUAAAUGUUUUUAUAAAUUUUAGAACGAUCUGGCAUUGUUUCACUAUGAAACAAACGGACUAAUCUCAUCAAGAACCAUAAAAUACAAAGAGGUCUGGUCCUGAGAAUGAAAGCGUUUAUGAAGGAGAACCAGAACUUUUAAAAUCCAGGAGUAUUUUUAACUCUGAUUAAUUUAAGUCCCUUAGUUCACUGACUAUCUAUGCUUAAAACUCUUAAAUUUUCCGACAGUCAGUGCUAAUAAGUAUUUCUCUCAUGGAGUUGAUCAUAUGUGCCAAGUCAGAGCAAACAAUGCGAG